AUGGAGGAGUCUAUUGACCAGCUAAUUUUGGUGGACUAUCGCUACGUUCGACUUGCUUAUCAUCCCCUUUUUCACAAGUAUCUCAUUGUUGGCUUCUGGAAAGAUCAGGCAUGGACUAUGACUAAGACCAUGAAAGCGGGAUUACAGGCUGAGAAAUGCUAUGAGCGCCUUGCUAUUUUUGGGCCUAAUUUGAUCAACAUUCGCGAAAAGCCUACAGCUAAGCUACUUACGGAUGAAGUAUUGAACCCAUUCUAUGUAUUCCAAAUUGGAAGUAUCAUUCUGUGGAGUAUGGACGACUAUUAUUAUUAUGCAUUUUGUAUUUUUUUCAUAAGCGCCAUUAGUAUCAUAACCACACUGGUAGAAACCAAGCAGACCAUGAAACGCAUGAGAGAGAUGUCUCGCUUUGAAUGCAGCGUACGCGUCUUCCGUAGUGGAGCAUGGCGAACUGUAAGCUCAACCGAGCUUGUACCCGGCGAUCUCAUUGAUAUCGCGGAUUUGCACACUGUUCCAUGUGAUGCUAUGCUGAUUUCUGGCGAUUGCAUCCUUAAUGAGUCCAUGUUAACUGGUGAAUCAGUGCCAGUAUCAAAGGCGCCUAUCACCGACUUGACCUUACGAAAAGUCAAUUUGUCUGGUCCCACAAUUCCAGCAGAAGUAGCCAAACACUUUUUGUUUAUGGGCACCAAGGUUGUUCGUGUACGAAGUGGUAUCAAUGUAUCUGCGGCAACUGCUGUUGUUGUUAGAACUGGAUUUAAUACCGCAAAGGGUGCACUCAUCAGAAGCAUGCUUUUCCCCAAGCCGAAUAACUUCAAAUUCUAUCGCGACUCCUUUCGUUUCAUCGGUGUAUUGUCAAUCAUUGCUGUGUUUGGAUUUAUGCUAUCGUCGGUAAACUUUAUUCGACUGGGCAUUGAUACAACCACUAUGAUUUUGCGAGCUCUGGACCUGAUUACGAUUGUGGUCCCCCCUGCAUUACCUGCUACAAUGUCAAUCGGAACUAGCUUUGCCAUCAGUCGCCUAAAAAAGAUUGGAAUAUUCUGCAUAUCUCCGCCUAGAGUUAAUAUGGGUGGCAAGAUUGACUGCAUGUGUUUUGAUAAGACUGGUACAUUAACAGAAGAUGGGCUUGAUAUCUAUGGUAUUCGUGCUGUAACAACACGUACCGACGGGACGAAAUUAUUUGGGGAGGAGACAAGCACAGUGGCCGAAGUGGAUCCUAAUAGUGAGUCCGAAGAUUCGACCGAGUCGAGGAUUCUACGGGCCAUGACUACUUGUCACUCUCUCAAGAUCGUGGGCGGAGAAUUACUGGGAGACCCAUUGGACCUCAAGAUGUUUGAGUUCACACGUUGGGAAUUAGAGGAAAGUAGUGGAAUAUCGUCUUCAGACCUCAAGCCAACGACAAGCGAACUAUUGGGAUCACAGGCUAAAAAGAUAGCUAAAGUUGGUAUUAUGCCAACCGUUGUCCGACCACCAGGAGGACGACAUGAAUUGGUCCUCCCCUCUGAUCGCCUAGAGGUACCACCAAUUGAGUUUGGGAUCAUUCACUCCUUUGAGUUUGUGUCUGCCUUGCGCCGCAUGAGCGUUAUUGUGAGACGAUUGGCCAACCCAUGCAUGGAGGUGUUUGUCAAGGGUGCUCCAGAGGUUAUGGUCGAUAUAUGUAGACCAGACACAAUGCCUGCUGACUUUCAGGAGAGGUUGUACUGGUACACCCAUCGUGGAUACCGUGUGAUUGCGUGCGCAUCUCGUCAACUUGAAGAUGUCAAAUGGCACAAAUUGCACAAAUUGAAAAGGCAAGAUGUCGAAUCGAAUUUGACAUUUUUAGGAUUUAUCAUCUUUGAAAAUAAAUUGAAACCACGCACUAUUUCUGCGAUUACAACAUUGCGCAGUGCAAACAUUAGGCAGAUCAUGUGUACAGGAGACAACGUAUUGACAGCUGUCAGCGUAUCCAGAGAGUGUGGUCUGGUCGAUCAAAACUCUGAGAUCUACAUUCCAAAGUUCUUGAAGGGUUCUUCGACCGAGCCAGACUCUCAAUUGACAUGGGAAAGUGUGCUGCACGAAGGCGAUGAGUUAGAUAGAGAUACAUUGCAGUCCUACCAUUUGGCUGUCACAGGAGAGGCAUUCCGCUGGGUGGUAGACCAUGCUCCUGUCGAGCUUCUUCAUCGAAUGUUGGUUAAGGGAGCAGUGUAUGCACGUAUGUCUCCCGAUGAAAAAGCGGAAUUGGUAGUUGAACUACAGAACAUUGGGUACUGCGUUGGGUUUUGUGGUGAUGGUGCCAAUGAUUGUGGAGCCCUCAAGGCAGGUGACAUUGGUAUUUCGCUUUCUGAGGCAGAAGCAUCUGUAGCAGCACCCUUUACAAGCAAUACUAUGGAUAUCAACUGCGUUAUUGAUGUGAUAAAAGAGGGAAGAGCAGCAUUGGUGACCAGUUUUAGUUGUUUCAAGUACAUGGCACUUUACAGUAUUAUUCAAUUCACUUCUGUCACUCUCUUGUACGCAUUCGGAAGCAAUCUUGGUGACUUUCAGUUUCUCUAUAUCGAUCUGUUUCUUAUUUUACCUAUAGCCGUCUAUAUGGGCUACACAGCUGCAUGGCCUCACCUGUACCAAAAACGGCCAACUGCUAGUCUAGUAUCCAAGAAGGUCCUCACAUCGCUUGUUGGUCAGAUAGUGAUCAACUCGGGAUUCCAAUUCAUUGCAUAUUGGGCCGUGCACCAACAGGAUUGGUAUGUUCCACCUGUGUUCGAUCCAGACGGCGAAAACAUUAUGUGUUACGAAAAUACGGUUCUUUUCCUACUUUCGAGUUUCCAAUACAUUCUAGUAGCUGUCGUGUUUAGCGUGGGACCACCCUAUCGGAAACCGCUAUGGACAAACGGCCGACUUGUAUUGACUUUGCUGGUACUUGUGGCUUUGACUGUUUGGUGUGUUCUGUAUCCAAACGAGUUCCUCAAGGAACUGCUUGAGCUAGAGACGAUUCCAUUUAGCUUCCGAGUAUUUGUUCUCUCUCUUGCAGCGUUCAAUUUGGUCAUUAGUUACACAUGUGAGAAGUAUAUGUUUAUUCGCUUGGCAGGCUGGUUAUCACAAAUAAUGCGCUUCCUGCGGUCAAGGCAGACCGGGUAUUCGCCAGUUGGAAAGGUUCAGCGCAAGAUAUACAAGAAAGUUGGUGAAGAAAUGGGUAUUAUUACUUUUUAGAUAUGUAUUGAUCACAAAUAACAAAAUAUAAAAUAAACCAAUAAUAAUAAUAAUAA